GGGGAACAAGCACAUGGUCGCACACGCCAGUCCCGCCUGUGCUAGGCCGCCACCGGCCGACAACCCCUCCAAGAUUUUUUUUUUUUUUUUUGGGUGUGUUGUUUUGGCUUGGGGGGGUUGAUAGGCGACUGCAAGCUCCAUUCCCGCGGUGACCUUACAUCACACCCACAGGGAUUACGACCAGGGGUCGCUCGUCUGGGCCUACGGGUGUGGGGUCGUCUGCAGUCGUAGGCGCAUACCCAAGAGAAAAAGGGUGCAUGUGUAGCGCUGUGCAGGAGAGAAUGUGCGACUGUCCCAGAAAAGAGAGUUGGGACGGAGGACGGAGAUGCCAAAAUCGCAGCGUAUUGAUGCGCCGUCAAAAGCCGUUGCCGUUGUUGCUACUAUUUUCAAAGCCAUUGGUGUUGCCGACGCUGCUCUCGCGGCUAAGAUAUGGCUCAGAUUCGCUUCGCCGUGUUCGUAUGGUCUGGUCUGGUCUGGUCUGCUCAAGUGCUGCUUUCUCGGUAUCUCGGUUGUGAUACUCGUGUCUCUCUCUGUUCUUCUGCGCCUUCUCUCACAUACUCACGCCUUGUGAUUCGAUUCUCGUCUCUCUGUGCGUCUUGCUGUUGGGCCGGUUUGGACGGUUGGUGGCAUUGUGUGCAAGGCAGAUGGAAAGGUAGUGGGAAUGGCAUGACAGUGUCUCGGGUCAUGAGACGUUGGUCCCUAUGUGAGCACAUGUAUGUUUAACUUACCGACAGGCUUUGGGUAUUGUAAUGGACCGUAUGUGGCCGAGAU